AUGUUGUCGCAAUCGUUUUACCUGCUCGGAGAAGCUCCGACAUCUGCGAAGACUAUCGAGGCCGAUGAGAAUGCUCAUCUGGACGACCUCAAGGACUUGAUCGCCUCCCACUUUGCAAUUGUUGUUGCCAGCGGCGUUGGGUUUACUCGCAAUGAUGAAGUCCUCGAGAGCGUCAAAGACAUUUUGUCGUCUGAGGAGGCAAUUGCCAUUUCGAUAGAUGGACGUGAAGUCCGACAAGUUCCCGGGCCAAAGGGUCUUCCCUACAUUGGCAACUUCUUUGAAGUGUUCCCCGAUCACUUGGGCAACCACCAGCGUCUGUUUGAUACCUAUGGCCCGAUGUUCCAAACUACCAACAUGGGUGGCACAAUAUACCACUCCAACGAUCCUGACAUUGCGGCGAUCGCAUUUGCUGAGUCGGACUUCUUCACCAAGAAGAUUACCGAAACGCAUCCGCUGUAUGGUAUCAAAACACCCGAGGCAGGUGUAUUCUUGGGUGACACCGACACAGAGGCUUGGAGAGUCACACACAAGUUCCUGCCACCCGCACUGGGUCCCAGGGCCGUACGACACUACGCUCCUACCAUGCAAAAGACCAUUGAGAGCGCGUUCAAGGUGUUUGACGAGCUCGACUCAAUCGGCCAGUCGUGGAACGUGUACAUCUACAUGCUGAAGCUUGGCUCGCAAGCCGUUGCAAAGCUGACGCUCGGCAUGGACAUGGAGCACUUCGCACACAAGGAUGCUCCUGUGCACGAGAUGGUGCGGUUGAUUGCUGAGACUCUUCACCUGAACAAGAAGAUCACAUCAUACGGAAGCUGGUACGCCAACUUGCCUUUUGGUGACCCCAAGCUCCUGCGAACAAAGCAGGCUCGCAUGGAGGUCUUGAUCGAGGAGCAGAUUGCAAAGGCCAAAUCUGGCGGUGUUGAGGACUUGCCGCUGCAGGAGGCUGCCGAGCGCGCCGCAAACAUGGUCGACUACGUCGUCCGUGCCACAGACAACAAGGGUGAGAAGCUCCCCAAGAAGAACCUGAGGGAGGCUCUUGUCGUCGCCACUGGUGCCGGCUUCACCACAACCUCUUCGCUCCUCUCCUGGCUCAUCUACGGUCUCGUCACAUACCCUGGCGUUCAGGAGAAGCUGCUUCAGGAACUCAUCGACAAUGACUUCAGCGACGAGAUGGAAAUCACGAGUGACUUCACAGAUAAGCUUGUGUACCUCGACCAUUUCAUCAAGGAGACCCAGCGCCGCCACAACCCCUCCUUCCAGCCCGGCCGCACCGCAAAGGUUGACAUGGUGCUGCCCGGUGGCUACAAGCUGCCCAAAGACUCCGUCGUCAUCCCUGCGCUGCACCACAUCCACAACAACCCCAAGCUAUGGGACAACCCCGCACAAUUCAACCCCGACAGGUGGGACACCCCAGCUGUCAAGAACCGCUCCAAGACAGCCUACAUCCCCUUCGCCGCGGGACCCCGCAUGUGCAUCGGCUUCAACUUUGCGCUGCAGGAGGUCAAGAUCUUCCUGCCCAAGCUGGUCUACCGCUACAAGUUCACAAAGGACGGCGACGACGCGGUCGAGUACGACCCGAUGUUCCAGCUCAUCCGGCCCACGAACCUGUUCGUGCGUUCUGAGAAGCGCGUCAAGCUGCCUCCCAAGACCGAGGUCGAGGCUUAG